UGUCAAAUGAGAGCAGAGUUAAUUUAGAGUACUUGAGCUGUUUACAAGCAACAGGCUUCAGAAAACUAGUUAGCCUGGUGUCGUAUUAACUCAAUGUAAGUCGGCCUGUCCACACUGGAGUAUAAUGGUAAGAGAAAACACAGUAAGCUAACAGUGCUAGCUUGUUCAGGAGUCAACAGUUGGCUCGUCGCCGCCUUGCUAGCAAACGAAGCUAAAAUGGUUCGUUAGCUCAACGAACCACAGUAAUGUCAAGUAACAACCUGCCACCGGUGCGGCAUUUGCCACAAUGGACCCGAGUUGGACGCCUCGAGAAGUCCUGCUCUCCCCGGCGUUUACCCACCAACCAACGGCAGCCGCUGCCUGUCGCCCCGGCGCCACCACCGGAGAGAGGAGGAGUGUGGAGACCCGCAGCAGCAGCAGCAGCAACAGCAACAGCAACAGCAGAGGUGUCCUGUCACAGCGACAUGGACCCCCGCGUCGCUUCACUGCACAGAAACAUCCAGUUCCUCCAAGAACAACACAGGGAGACCCUGGAGAAGCUCCAUGCAGAGAUAGAGUAUCUCAGACGGGAGAAUAAAGAGUUGCAGUAUAAGCUGAUAAUGGAGCCUCCCAAGUCAAGCAGAAAAGGAAUGACACACAGUCGACGAGGCGUUAGACCACCCACUCAGGGAAGUGAAGCCCAUACAGGACUCUACCUGGAGGAGCCACUACAGGACACGCGGCCCUCGCAGGACCAAGCACUAAGCUUUGGACAAACCAGCGAAAUUCUGGGAUCUGCCAGGCAGAACCGUGACCCAGAGAUGAAGGGGGGCCUCAUCACCUCAUUACAGCCUCUACGGAUUCACAGCAAUCCCUCCCAUCCACCACGCGCUCCCACACUACAGGAAUGUGAGGUCAUCAUCCGGCAGCUCUACAAUGCUAACAGCUUACAGUCUCAGGAAAUUAUACGAGUGAAGGCAUUGCUGAGAGAUAUUGUUCUGAGCAAGAAAAUCACCCCAGAAAACUACAUCCUGACCAAGGCCUACCUUGUCGAUGGGACCCGCAAAUCUACAGAGGAAAAGAAAUUUCCAAAACUUGGUCUUCAGACAUUUCCAGAAAAAACGUCCGGACCCUCUCAGUCUGGGAUCGUCCUUCCAGCCCUCAAACAGAGCCUCAGCUCCACCAUUGCAGAGAGACAGAGGAGGACCCGCGCUGUGCAGAGAGACCGCUUCAAGAGGACGGUGCAGUGACACAUUCAAAACCGCCACAGCGGCAGCUACAUCCAUCUCAGGAUUGGGGCUUGUCAUGUCAAGAACUGAGCGCACAGUAAUGGAUAUACAUAUGAAGUAUGCAUAUCCGAUGAUUUGAGGUGAUGGCUUCAGAAUUGUGCUCAUGGAGUACAGAUAAAAUUAAAAGAUUAUGAAAGGUCUGCAGACUUAAAGGUUUUAAUUUUGCGCACAAAAUCAAAAGGAAAGAAUGCCUAAAAUCGAACUUUGUACUGGGGAUGGUAAAUGUAUUUAUUUUUUACCAAACAAUACAUUUUAGGGCAUUUUAAGUGUUAUUUUCACCAAACUGAGUAAGAUUCUUGUUUAGUUUUCACUGCACAUUUGUUGUAAUUCUGCCAAAAUGAUGGCACAAUUGUUAUAUUUCAUUUAACUAUAACAAAUUACCUGUCACUUAUAAAGCAGCUAAGUAUUCAAAACUUAUCAGUGCAAACAACCAAAGUUAAGCCUCUAAAUGCACAUGCAAUUGAUGAUAGAAGAAACUACCAGCCGUAUUUCUCAGGCACUUUUUGUAUUGGUUUGUAUUGACACUGUACAGAGUAACUGGUCAGUGUGUCACCAGCUGUGCACCUACAGAACAACUGAGCACAACACAAAACUAUUAAAUCCUCUGAACGCAAAAUAGUGCUAUUCUGUUUUUCCUCCCAGAGUGAUACCUCCUCCUGUUCUUUCCACAGAAUAUGAUCAGUUUUGGCAGUCGUGUAAACAUACCCACAGCUGUGUGAACGUCAACCAAUCCAAAAUCACCCUGCCAAAUUUCACAACACGCAUCAAAACCUAGCUUGUAGUUGUGCAACAUAGUAGGGCAGGUUAAGAACUGCAUGCAGACAGGCGGGGCAGACCAUUCCUGGCACAAACCUGGCUAGCAUACUCUAAAACCAACUGUAAAGAAGAAACUCAUUAUUGGAUGUUUAUACAGAGAUCUGAUGUGUAAAUCUUGGCAUAUGUCGUAAUACUCACGCUCAUUUACCAGAGGCAAAUACAACUAGAGAUCACUCCAGCUGUGAUACAGUGAUUUGUGGCUUAAAGUAGAUACAGGGCAGGGGUUAAUGGUCUCUUCCCUACUUCCUACCACCCUAUUUCCAGCCCCCUUGUCAGACCACACCCAUUUUCAAACUAAAUCCCUCAUGUUGAUCUCAACUACAUACCUGUAAAGUGUCAUGGUGCCGUCUUUAUCACACUGACAAAAUUGUGUCCACAGACAACUGGCAUAGUACUCCAAACAGCUUCAUGAUGACACACUCUCCCAGACUCACAAGGUGAAAACAAUACCAGCCCUUGCGACAUUGUCACGGCCACUAACGACUGAGCUGGAAGUUAUUAAAUUCACUUCUCGUAAAUCAUAUCUCAAACGGCGACUGGCGAUGCCAGCUCUCCUAUAUUCAUCUAUGCCCUCUGUAGUCUGGAAUCACAUCUACACUCUGUCAGCAACAUCUCACACAGUAACUCUGACUUUACCAUCAAUCUCAACAACAAGGGGAUGGCUGACCCAGCAGGCUGAAAAUGACCACUCAGCAACUCAGUUCAGAGCUCUAACCUUCACAUAUUCGACAAAUACACAUGAUUAGGCCUCCACAAGGUGCCUCCUGAGCUUGACUGUGUAGUUUUGCCUACAUUUUUAUUGGCGUUCUUCAAUUAAGGUGCUUUUUAAAGCUUUUAGUAGGAAACAAAAUGUUAAAAAGGUAACUUUGCCUGUUAAUUUCCCUUCUGAAAUGUACAAGUUACAUCUAGGGAAAGGAUAACAUACUGGUCUUUGCCAGUAUUGUCAUGUUUGAGUAGCUGCAUUUAUAAAGCAUAACGUACAACUAGUUCUUUACCAUUAACAUCUAGUAUUGAAACCAAGAAAAUGGUUUGCAUGCAUAUAAAUUCUUCAUUGCAAUUCCUGCCCAUAAGGCACAUUCUUAAUACAGUAAUAAUAGCCAGGGGGUAAUGGUUAGAAAAGCAAUCCUGUGCCUGAGGGUCACUGAUUUGCUCCUAGACAUUUCUGUAACAUCAGAGGAGUGAGCAAGAUGCCGGUGUGUCCCUUGGCAGGAAUUGUCAUGGUGCACUCAAGGCUACAGUUGUGCUUGACAGCUGUGCCUGUCAAUUUUUGCAAGAGUUCGUCUCCCUGAUAGAGUCUCAACAGUCUAAAAUGAAAAAGAGGAUAAAACUUUACCGAUAUGUUUUAACAAAAGACAGACGUGUCUUCAUGCACCCACUAGAUGGUGCUAUUUCUCAAGAAACUUCAGUGAGCAUCCAUUCAGUCGAAGCCUAUACAUGUUUGACAGCAGGUUAGAGGCAAGUAUGUCAUAACUUACCUCAGCCUCAAUUUCAAAAUCUCACAGAAAUGCUGUCUACAUUUUAUUUCAUGUUUUGCAUGGACGUGUAUUUGGCAUUGUGACAAAAAUACAGUUCCUUACAUGUACCACCUCUGAAUGAAUGGCUGUCAUGACCUUGCAUCACAAAAUCAGAAUAUAUAUCUAAAAGAAAGGUUUAAACCAAUAUUAUGGUUGAAUUAAAAGUGUUUCCAAAAAUGCACACACUUAGAUAAUAUGUGUCCCUAUAUAUCUGCAUUUUUGCAUAUAUUUUGGAGGAGUAAGAAGCCCUGUUUGUUUUUGUCUUUCCAAUUUGUUGCAUCACUGCGUCUUUGUGGAAAUGUGGGAAUUGGCAGGCAUUAGCCAUUAAGACCCAGUGGGUGCGAAUCUAUUAACAUUCAGACAGCGCUGCAGUGAUGAGAGCUGCUCCGUGCCAGCUGCAGCCUCAUGAGCCAUGGUCACUGAAACCUCAAUAACCAGAGGAACAGAGCCACAUCUUUAUAUAUUUUACUUUCAUCAAUGAGCAGAAGUCGUCCCCGCCACAUUGGUCGGCUUGUCGCGCUCGGGCAGUGUGUUCUAACACUUUCCGUUGGUGUGUAUCGCUCUUUAUUAAGGCCUCCUUUUGAGGCAUUGCCCCCUGCAUUCAAAUUCAUUCUCUCCCUUUCAGCAUAUUGUGUUGUGGGCUGAGUAGGUUGGGGAGCUCCGAAUCGAUGUGUCACAGUUCUGUGCCAGAUAAUACUUAUUAUGAGAUUGCACGGAGGGGAAGUUGGAGAACAACAGGAAAUUAAAAAAGGGAAAUGUAAAAAACUUUUUACUGGUGGCGUGAAAUAGCUGUUGACUGAGCAAAUAUACUGUACCUUAAACACACGAGCACCUCGAGCACUGUGAAGCCAUGCUGAGCUACAGACAUACAAUACAACAUGCUACAAAUAAAUACAUUAUAAAUACAGCAGAUUCAGAUUUGAGCAUAUUUAACAGUACAGCCUGUGUCCUCAGAAAACCUGUCUGAGAUGACUGAGUUGUCAGAUGUGAUUGGGUGUUAAACUUGUCAUCAUUUAGAAGAAUUAAAUCUGCAGUCACUCAUUCAUCAUCAUACAGUAAUAAUAGUGAGAUUAAACUGUUUAUUCUGCCCAGCAAACACUCCUGAGGACAGGUAGUCUUAGAGAUCUUGGUUGUAUGACAUCUCAUAUGGCCUUUAUAAUGAGAUAUCUAGUUAUAUGAUGAUGGGAAAGUAAAAGUAAAUUUAUUUGUACAUAAAAAGAGUUUUGGCAUACUCAUACAUGUGUCCAUUUUGUUACUUUAUACACCUACUGCGCUACAUUAUAAAUGCAAAUAUUGUACUUCAAAUCCACUACAGUCACUACUUAUGUUGCAGAUCAAGAUUAUUCAUUGAAUAUAUAUGAUUA